AUGCCGGCGGCACAGACACCACGGCAUUUUCGUAUCAGUGCACCAUGUACGUCCGCCAACAUUGGACCUGGAUUUGAUGUACUUGGCAUUUCGCUUUCACUCUACUUGACGCUGGAUGUCAAACUGUACCAUGAGGAUGCAACGGCACCAUUUGAAAUGACCUAUUCGGGCGAAGGGGCUAAGGAUGUUCCACUUUUUCCAGAGCAAAACUUGAUUACCAAGACCGCUCUCUACGUCCUUUCGGCGAAUGGGAUUGACAACUUGCCUCAACCUCUCAAGAUCCAUGUUGACAAUCCGAUUCCGUUGGGCCGAGGUCUUGGUUCUUCCGGUGCAGCCGUUGUUGCUGGUGUUUUACUUGGCGACGCACUUGGCAACCUUCAUUUAUCCAAGGAUCGCAUGUUGGAUUAUUGCUUGAUGAUUGAACGCCAUCCAGAUAAUGUGGCAGCUGCAUUGAUCGGUGGAUUUGUCGCUUCCUAUCUCCGUGAUCUGGAUCCAGAUGCUACCAAGGGCGUCCCUGCUUCAGAAUCUUUCAAUGAUAAUGGAUCCCCCGCAAACAACACAACCCCUCAACCACCCAUUGGCAUUGGUCAUUACUUACGUCUUGGAUGGGCAAAGGAAAUCAAGACAAUUGCUAUUGUACCCAACUUUGAAGUCGCCACUGCAAAGGCACGCGCUGUCCUUCCAGAUACCUACAGCCGUCAAGAUGUGAUCUACAACUUUCAACGUUUGGCCGUUGUCACCACUGCUCUUAGCCGCUCACCUCCAGAUGCUGAUUUGAUUUAUAAUGCUGUUCAAGAUCGUAUCCAUCAGCCUUAUCGCACCACCCUCAUCCCUGGUCUUCCUACCAUUCUUUCCAGUAUCACUCCCGCUAAACAUGAGGGCCUUCUCGGUAUCUUCCUUUCUGGAGCUGGUCCCACUAUCCUUGCUUUGGCUACUGGUAACUUUGAUGCCAUUGGUCAAGCCGCUCAGGCUGUGUUUAAGGAGAAUGGCGUUGAAAGCUCAUACCAGGUCUUGGAGGUCACUCAGGAUGGCGCAUCAUGUGUCGAAUUGUAG